UUAUGUGAAAGACAUUUCAUUGAGAAAGCAGAGAGAUUAGAUUGUUGUAUUGAAAAAUGUAGUAAUAGUGCUUCAAUCAAUGAACUUCCAUAUGACAUGAUUAGUAAAGUAAAGAUUAGAAGUAAUUGUUCACAUCACCUUAUUUGUCUUAAUCAUUAUAAACGAUUCAAUAAUAAACAAAAAGUACCAAAUUUACCUCCAAUUAAACGUGAACCAAUUGAACCAACAACUGAACAAAUACCACCAGAAAAAAAGAAACCAGAAAUAAAAGAUGAUACUACAACUGCAGAAGAUAAUAAUGAAACUCAUUUAAAGUCUGAAACAGUUUCAGAAAAAGAGUUAGAUUUAACCGAAAAAUGUGAUAUAAUAGGUUGUAAUAAAGAAAAAACAAAUAUCCAUUUUAUGCAGAGUAUUCCAAUCAAAUUAUGUUCUAACCAUUUUAAACAAUUCAAACAAGCAUUGAGAAAAGCAAUUUUACUUAAACAAAUUCAAUUACCUAUUGAAUGUAUUGCUCUUAUUCCUAAAGAACCAAAUCAUCCUUUAUACAAUUAUCCUUUAUUAAACCAUGACCAAGUUUGUUCUCUUUGUUUUAAUAAUACACAAUGUCCUUUUAAAUGCUCAACAUGUUCAAUGAAUUAUUGUAUUGAUUGUUAUAAAAUGGUAAAUCAAAAUUUUGAUUAUUCAGAUAAUUGGAUUUGUUCAAAUUGUCGUAAUAAAUUUAAUAGAGAUAAUAUCAUUAAACAAGAAUUUGAAUUAAUUCUUCCAUUAAUUAAUAAAUCAAUAAAAAAAGCUUUAAGUGAAGAAUAUGCACAAGUUAUUGCUAAUGAACAAAAACAAAUUGAAGCAAAAAAACAACAAUUAAUUGAAAGAAAAAAGAGGCUUCAAUCAUUUAGUGUCUGGUUAGUUUGUAUUCUUCCUCAUUCAUUAAAAGUCCAUCAAGGGAUGGUUUCUUUUGUUGAAAGAAAAAAAGUUAAUGAAACUAUUCCAAAGGAAAAUCUUUUUAUUAUGUCAAAAGCUGCAAGAGAAUAUAUGACACUUCCACAUUUUAGUUCAAUUACAACUGCUCAGUUUAUUGGAAUGGCAGAAAUUCUUAUGCAUAUUAUUAUUGAUAAUGAUGAAAGACUUCAAUUUAAAUUAAUUAAUAAUAAUGUUCCAUUAGAUAUUGUGUCUCUUGCUCAUUCUCGUCAAUACACUGAUAUAUUAAUUCAAAUAAUAAAUAACCAACCUGAAUGGGUUCCAACAAUUCAAUUAAAACGAUUAAUGAAAAAGAGUUGUCAAUUUAGUUAUUCAAUGUUAUUAAUGAAACUAUCAUUACAAACAACUGAAGCGGUUUGUGAUGGAGUUCGUGUAAUACAACAAGAUAAUCAAAUUAGAAAUGUUAUUAUUUUUUGUGGAGCUAAUGGAGGAAUGAUUGGAUAUGAAGGAUGUUUAACAUCUUCAGGAGAAUCAGACAAUAGUGUUGGAAGUAAUUUUAAUGGUAUAGGAGAUUUUGAUGAUGAACAUUCAAAGAAUUCAUCAUGUAAUGACCAACAUUUAAAUCCACUUGGAUUUCCUAUAGGAAUUAAAUCUACUCAACCAUCAAAAAUCAUUUAUCAAACAUUAUUAAUCAAUUAUUUAGCAGUAGCAAUUAAAUUUGUUAUUAAGGGGAAUAAUAAUAAUAAAGUUGGAUUAUUAAUUUUUGGUAAAGAAGGAUGUGAGAAUGGAACUAUUGAAAUAAUUAAAACAGACUUAGAAAAUAAAAGAGUUAUAUUGUAUGGAUGUAAAGAUUAUAGAGACUUAUCACAAUGGAAUUCUUCUUAUGAAGAAAUAAAAAAAGACCUUCCUGAAAUUUUAUUUAUUUCAAUUCAUACUGAAGAAUAUACCACUAAAGAUGAUAUGUCAAUAUUCAAAUCUAUUGCAUCAGACUUAAGAAGUCUUACUCUUAUAAAAAAUGAACAGAUGUAUCAUACUAAAAUUGUUCACCUUAUUGAUUCUGGGUUUAUUCAAGAAUGUAAUUUGGAAGCUUAUCGAAACUUAACUUCUACAUAUGUUUCUUCAAUAACAGAAUAA